AUGUGGAUAAGCAAGGAAGAGCUCGCGGUCGACGAGAAGGAUCUGCAGUCCGCCAUGGGCUUUUGUACGAGGAUGGAGCAGGAAUCAGGCUUCCCUGUUCUCGCGGAAUAUACCGAGAAGCAAAAGGCAGCAACGCACAAAAGACCUAUCGAUCUGAAGAACGCCCGCAACAUGUUUGUCGAAGCGGUAGUCGCCACCAAGAUCAAAGCCAUGGAGCUCGGAGAAGAAGACAGCAAUGAGGCUAAAUGUCUCCCGGGUUGGGCCGACAUUGACGAGACAGACACACAAAGCGCAAGGUUCUCUCAGCAAAUGAUGAUCUGGCUCAUGGAGACGGAACCAGAGAAGCUGGCCCUGUUGGCGAUGACAGGGUCCGGUUCAGCCCACAGCGAAGCCCACGACCAAGUGAACAUGGCCGAUGUAGCCGACGACGAUGCAGCCGAAUUCAUCGAGGAAAAAGAAGAAGAGCAGGAGCGGAAGGAUGAGCAGGCCGCAAUUGCAUCAUUCAUUCAGGAAAAGGAGACCGGCAAGACCAAGAAGAGGACAAAGCACCAGAUUUUUCUCGAUCGCGUGGCCAGGAUGAGCAACCAUGACGUUUUCACGUCCCGAUACAACAAGCCCCUGGAGCUUCAUGACAAUAUCUUGGUAAAGCACCCGAGGAGAAGAUAA